AUGGAUUUGAACAGCACUGCAAGUGGCAUACUACAAAAAGAAACCUAGCAAGGCAGGACUGUUUACAACCAGAGUCAAAAGGAUAUCCUCCAAGCAUGGUUUCAACAAAACCUUCGCCCUGGUAAAGCUACCAGAAAACAAUGGGCCAAGGAAACUGGCCUUUCAGAGUAUAAAAUUCAGAUUUGGUUUAGAAACCUCAUCCAAAGACAACUGGAAUUUGGAUGCUCCUGAGGAAAAGAUGAAACCCAGGGACCAAACCAGCAUCAGCCUUGGAUUCAAGCAUACUUACCGAAAGCAGCCAGACAAAAUUGGACAUCCAUCACAAGAUCUCAAUCACACAUCCUACUUCAAGCUUUUGAGAGGAACCAAUUCCCUGACAUUACAACCAGGAAAAAACUGGCUAAAAUAACAGGCAUUCAGGACCAAAUAAAGAUGUGGUUUCAGAACAAAAGAUCUCUAUACCCAGGGCAGAGAAUCUUGAACACUCAGACUCCUUUCUGGCCCCCAAAACCAGAAAAGAGCCAGAACCACAAAGAACAGAAUGACACAGGAGUCCUGCAGUUGAAGGACUCUCAGCCUCUUUCUGAGCCCCAAAACCAUCAGCUGCAGGAUCUGGCACAGGUGGACAUAUGCAGUGAUUUUCAGGAACAAGUACCUUUACCAAGUCCUGGCCUGAACAAAAAGGACCCUCCAGAUCCCAACUGUGCUUCAGUGAAGAUGAUUUUCAGGCUGUGUUCCAUAUGCUACAAAGCUCACCAGGGCCUGAAUUCCAGAGAAAGAAGAAGUUAUUCUCAGAACCUGGUCCAGGCCUCUCUUCUUUUGAUGCACAAUCAGUCCAAUGUAAAGGACUGUGGAUAA